AUGUCAUCCAAAUCCACCUCUAUUGUUCAGUUCUGCAUUCCGGAUAUCUUGCGUACCUGGCCUUGGCCUCGUCGCCUCAGCCCUCAUUACGCUAUAUGCAAGGCAGAAUCCUCUGCAUGGUGUGAGUCGUUCGAGGCGUUCAGUCCGAAGGCCCAGGAUGCUUUCAAUCGCUGCGACUUCAGUCUCCUGGCAUCCUUGGCAUACCCUCAUCUUGACAGAGAUGGAUGUCGUAUUGGUUGUGAUCUGAUGAACACCUUGUUCGUCUUUGACGAAUAUUCUGACGUAGCAACUGCCAAGGAGGUUCACAAGCAGGCUGAUAUUAUGAUAGAUGCCCUGAGAAAUCCAACAAUGCCCCGUGCUGUGGGAGAGUGGGUGGGUGGAGAGAUCACUAGACAAUACUGGGAAAAUGCCAUUAGGACAAUGACCUUGACUGCCCAGCGCCACUUCGUUGAUACAUUCCAGCUAUAUGCAGAUGCUGUUGUUCAACAGGCAGUAGAUCGUGACCGCCGUCACAUUCGCGGUGUUGAGGACUAUUUGGAGCUCCAUCGAGAUACUGUUGGUAUCAAGCUGACAUUCGUCAUUCUUGAAGCCAAGAUGGACCUUCCCGAAGAGGUGCUAAACCACCCCAGUAUAGUUACUUUGAUAUCCGCGUGCAUCGACAUGAUCAUAAUCUGCAAUGAUCUUUGCUCUUACAAUGUAGAACAAGCUCGCGGAGAUGAUGGACAUAACCUGGUAACGAUCGUCAUGCACGAGAGGAAGUGUGGCCUUCACGGCGCACUCAAAUGGAUCUCGAAGCUACAUGACGAUCUUGUGAGCAAAUUCCUAUCUGCUCUGGAAGAAAUUCCUUCCUUCGGUAAUUCCGCCCUUGACGAAGAAGUCUCCAUCUACGCAGAUGGCCUUGGUAAUUGGGUGAGAGCUAAUGACUCUUGGAGUUUCGAAAGCGAACGGUACUUCGGGAAGCAAGGGUUGGUAAUACAGAAGACACGGGUCGUUGACUUGCUGCCACGGGAGACGGGGCGACCACCCCAUCAAUACGCGUCGCCCACUGGCCAGUGGAACUUGACAUCGAAUGUAUGGGAUUUCGGCUGGCACAAAUGACGAUAGGCAGAAACUUCCCAUAUUUGGAUUCAGUUCUUGGCCUGUAUUCGGUCUCCUUUCGCUCACCUCUUCUUCAAUUUCUAUCUAGUACUAUACAUUAGUCUCCCACAGACAGUGUAGACAGAGGUUCAACGUUUCAACCUUCAACCUUCGUACCUCAGGAUAUCUCUGUCUAACGGCCCAGCCUCCUACUCGUAGUCUCAUCUCGAUCACACACCUAAUUCACUGAGCUUCC